AUGCCGUGUGAGUGGCAGGGAGACUGCGUAGCGAAGUUCCACGGCUUUGUGGUCACUGCCGUGGAGGCCUUACGAUACGUCAACAGCUUCGAUGCUCGUCUGGUUGGAAACGAGCACCAAGUCAAGAAAGUUUGGUGUACCGUCGUGGGUCGUAUACGUUGGCUGUUGGCAUGCUUGGGCCAGGCCAGCGGCGCUCAUAGUCUCAAGAAGGACGUCGUCGGAACGGUCACGAGGGACUGGGUCCCCGUAAGAAAGCCAGUCAAUGUGCGCGUUGAAGUCGCCGAAAAGAACAACACGAUCUUCAUGCUCACGGAGACCUGGCUCGACGCCAGUGUGCACGGCGGCGAGCUUUUGGGCACUGCACACGCCAUAUACCGCCGAGACAGAGGUGGCAGAUGGGGAGGAGUGCUCGUUGCCGUCCCUAACGGCAUCACAGCCGACCGGAGGCACGACCUUGAGCACCCCGACCUGGAGGCGAUCUUCCUCGAUCUUUACACGCCACAAGCUGGGCUUCUGCAAGUCUGCCACAGCCCCACUUACCUGCCUUGGAGCAGUUUCCUCGACUUGGUCUUCACUACGGACAUCACAAAGGUCCUCUCCUGCGAUGUUUAUCCCGGCCUCAGUGGUAGCGACCAUAUGGCCGUGGAGGUGUCUUUUGCAACCUCCUUGCCCAGAAAGGGCCACUUUGCUCGUACUACUUGGAGAUUUUAUGAAACCGACCACUCUCACCUCGCUAAUCUAGCUCAUCUUGCGCCUUGGUGCAUGACUACCGCAGGAAGGGACUGUCUCUCAAACUUUGACUUAGGGUGCGAUUUUGCGAGUGCCAUCCAGCGCGAGUCCAUUCCUCAUUCACUUCGUUCUACCCGGCGGAAGAGGGCCCCCUGGAUUACGUGCGAGAUUAUAAAAGCGGCCAAUCAGAAAAGAGCGCAUUUCAAGAAGGCAGCGCGGCUGCAGUGUGCGGAGACUCUCCGGGCAGCAAAGGACCUUCAGAGAACGUUGAAAGCUGCCAUCCACACUUCUCACAUCAGCUAUGCCCGUAACGUUGCACUCAAGGCCAGGGAGGAUCCGAAGCUGUUCUGGUCGUACAUGAGCAAGCUACAGACCAGUAGCAACAAGCUAACCUUCGUGAACAACAACGUCCCUCUCACAUCCCCACGCGAUAUUGCACAGUCUUUAACCCCGCACUUCGCCAGUGUUUUCAACGUUGGUACGCUUACACCAGACAUUGACCACCUCGUGCAAAACAUUGAGGAGAACACGCCCUGCCAUAGCCUCCUGAUGCCUGACAUAACUCCGUCACUCGAGCACCUCCACGAAGUUUUUCGACAAAUUAUGCCCUCGCUCUCACCAGGCCCUGACAACUUCCCACCGGCAUUCCUCAGGCUGCUCUGUCCGCAGGUAUCCCCAUCUUUAUUAUCAAUAUUCCAGUCUUUCCUGGACACUGCUGCUGUUCCAGACCUCUGGAAACGGGCCCUGGUGACGCCCAUCCACAAGGGGAAAGGCAAGCCUGUGAAUGACGUCUCAUCGUAUCGGCCAGUCUCAGUCACGUCGAUCCUGUGCCGAACUUUCGAGCGGAUGCUAAAUCGGACCCUUCUAGAUUACCUGUCCGUCAACAACAUACUCUCCUCGUCGCAGCACGGGUUUAGGCCAGGAAGAAGUUGUGAAACUGCCCUGGCCACCAUCACGCACUACAUAAGCGAUGCGCUGGACGACCACACUUCCACGGACCUCAUCCAACUAGACUACAGCAAUGCGUUUGAUACGCUGGACCAUCACCUUCUUCUCCAGAAGCUCACUGGUCUGCUGCCAAACACCAACGACUAA